GGGCAGCCCGAGGAGAGCUGGGGCGGCUCAGCGCCGCUCCCCUGCCCGCCGCCCGCCACCAAGCAGGCCGGCGUUGGCGGGGAGCCGGCCGCGGCGGGCGCGGGCUGCAGCCCCCGGCCCAAGUACCAGGCGGUGCUGCCACUGCAGACCGGCUCGCUCGUGGCCGCCGCCAAGGAGCCGACGCCCUGGGCCGGGGACAAGGGCGGGGCGGCCCCGCCGGCGGCCACCGCGUCGGACCCGGCGGGGCCACCUCCGCUGCCGCUGCCCGGGCCGCCGCCCCUCGCGCCCAGCGCCGCGGCCGGGACCCUGGCGGCCGGCGAGGCCCGAUGGAAGGGGGUGCGGAAGAGCCCUCUCGGGGGCGGCGGCGGCUCGGGGGCCUCCAGCCAGGCCGCCUGCCUCAAGCAGAUCCUGCUGCUGCAGUUGGACCUCAUCGAGCAGCAGCAGCAGCAGCUGCAGGCCAAGGAGAAGGAGAUCGAGGAGCUCAAGUCAGAGCGGGACACGCUCCUUGCUCGGAUUGAACGUAUGGAAAGACGGAUGCAGCUGGUAAAGAAGGAUAACGAGAAAGAAAGGCACAAGCUGUUUCAGGGCUAUGAAACUGAAGAGAGAGAGGAAACAGAACUCUCUGAGAAAAUUAAACUGGAGUGCCAGCCAGAGCUUUCCGAGACAUCCCAGCCUCUGGCUCCCAAGCCUUUCUCAUGUGGGCGGAGUGGAAAGGGACACAAAAGGAAAACCCCAUUUGGAAGUACAGAAAGAAAGACUCCUGUUAAAAAGCUGGCUCCUGAGUUUUCAAAAGUCAAAACAAAAACUCCUAAGCACUCUCCCAUUAAAGAGGAGCCCUGUGGUUCCUUGUCCGAAACUGUUUGUAAACGUGAAUUGAGGAGCCAGGAAACCCCAGAGAAGCCCCGGUCUUCAGUGGACACCCCUCCGAGACUCUCCACUCCCCAGAAGGGACCCGGCACCCAUCCCAAGGAGAAAGCCUUCUCCAGCGAGACCGCAGAUCUGCCGUACCUUUCCACCACAGAAAUGUAUUUGUGUCGUUGGCACCAGCCUCCCCCAUCACCGUUACCAUUACGGGAAUCCUCUCCAAAGAAGGAGGAGACUGUAGCAAGGUGUCUGAUGCCAUCAAGUGUUGCAGGAGAAACUUCAGUCUUGGCUGUUCCUUCUUGGAGGGACCACUCAGUAGAACCUCUAAGGGACCCAAAUCCUUCAGACCUUUUGGAGAACCUGGAUGACAGUGUGUUCUCAAAGCGGCAUGCAAAACUGGAGCUGGAUGAGAAGAGAAGGAAAAGGUGGGAUAUUCAGAGGAUCAGGGAACAAAGAAUUUUACAGCGACUGCAGCUCAGAAUGUAUAAAAAGAAAGGAAUUCAGGAAUCUGAGCCUGAGGUUACCUCAUUUUUCCCUGAGCCAGAUGAUGUUGAAAGUUUGAUGAUUACCCCCUUCUUGCCUGUUGUAGCAUUUGGACGACCAUUACCAAAAUUAACUCCACAGAAUUUUGAGCUGCCCUGGUUGGAUGAGCGUAGCCGAUGCAGGUUGGAGAUCCAGAAGAAGCAUACCCCUCACCGGAUGUGUAGGAAAUAGCUGUGCUGCAAGAACCCUCUGUCUUCAGAUAGUUGUAGUGCGCCAUUCCCAGAGAGUGGUGGAGACCUGUCUGUGUGACCUGUGUCUUCCCGUAUGUUACCAUUUGCUGACAGGACCUUCCCGUACUCCUUGAUUUGUUUUGUUUUCAUCACUCUGAUUUCACAAAAACUCUUUUAUUGGACUAAUUGUGAAUUAUGGAGGGAGAUUGGGAUUUCUUUUCCCUUUUCAGGGAAGUGAGCUCUCAAGCUAAAUCUAGGAUGACAGAUUUGGAGGUUUCAGGGCGUACUUCUAUAUAUUUGCCUGUAUUAAAGGGGUGCAAGGGCUCCCUGAGACACCUGGAAGACAAGCCAACCUGCUUCAGGAGCUGUGCCCACUGGCACUCUCCUCACCCUCGUACCCUCCCUGUAGUUAGGGUGUGGUCGUUUAUACCCUAAAAUAAAAUAGAGUCUCACCAUGAGCAUUAGGAGCAGAUGAAGAGUAACAAGUGAAGUGAUGAACGUGUCACCUUCUCGGGGUAGGGAAGGGAUCAGAGGUUCGGUAAACAAAUACCCGAAAAAGAGCCAUUCUCUUAAAACUACUCUGCAACACAGCCACUCUGGGAAGGGUGUUGAUUGUUUUCUUAGUUAAUAGGUAACUGAUGUUCUUCCCCCAACUCCUCAGAAAAUAAAAUCUCUGGAAAAGAAAAUGGGGAAGUUAGUUUGGGAGAGCCUGCAGCCUUAAACAGAAGCAGUUGUCAUCGGGGACGGCGUGCCAGGCUGUACAGAUGUGCUCAUCAGUCACUUGUCGUGUAUUCCUGAGGUGGGGUUUAUCUCGUAGCUGAGCUCUUGAUGGUAGGGUAGUGGUUUGGGCAGAGCGGGUGGAGGGUAAAGAAAUAAGUGCUGCCUUUGGCUGGCAAAUGUCUACAUUUUGAAACAUACAGCUGUAUCUGAUGCGCUUCUCCAUUACUUUGUAAAAGUAGAGUUGUAUGUGUAUCAUCUUGGUCCGUUCCCUUGCCCCUGUUUUGUUAAACAAAUUUCAGGACAGCACUCCCAGGCCACUCUGGUCUCAGUGUACCAUCCCGGUUAACUAUCUGGAAGGAAAAUAGAGCCAAGACCUCUGGUCUUCACUAUAUAGGAAUUGCCUUCAUUAGUCUUCAGGACUACUGCGUGCAAACAAGUAGGGGUCUAAUCUCCUAGAAGGUGGGGUUUACCCUUGAAGAGAAGAUGUCCCCAGAUUAUUAGCACUUUUAGAGGAGAAGCCAAGGUAUGUAGGGCGUGUGGCCGGCCCAUUGGCGGAGCAUGAGAGAAUGGGUACCAUUGUGGGAAGACAAGAAAAGUUCCUCAGGGGCCUCCCACUGCUAAAGCUUUUUGUGAGAUGUUGAUCUGUGCUCCCUGGGUUUGACUUGGAAAGGAAUUACUGCGGCAGCACGUGUAGUAUUCUUGGAUGAUCUUGCUGCUCUUCUUUCUCUAUAUGUGUAUGUGUGUGUGUGUGUGCGCGCGCGUGCGCGCGCGGCUGUGAAUUUUCAUUCGUAACUCCAUCUGCUUAGGAGAGGGGCUCUCUGGAAAGUAACCUGCUGUCAACUUAAUUGCAGCAAGGAUCCAGAGAGAAAUAGGACUUACUCCACUAGGGGCUCUCGUCUCACACCUUAAAGACAAGAUUUCUAGAGAAACUGGGCCAAGUUUUCUUUGUUCUUUAACGUGGCAGGCUGUUUCAUGUUCCUACGCUGACCUACGUUAUGUUCCUUUAUAAUGUGCCCAAGACAGAAAAAACCCCAAUCAGAGUCUCUCUUUGAUCUUGCUCAUUUUCUUCUUGAUUUCAGCCAUUGUCAAGUUCCUCAUUUGGAGUAUGGUUGGCAAAUUUAACCUUCAUGUUUUUGUCCUACACAAGGGACUCUUCAGACACUGAACUUAAUUUAGACUGAGAGGAAUCCAUGAGGUGCUAUCUGGCCAGAUUUAAGUGGAUUCUUUUUCCUUGGUUCUCCUUUCCCCGAGGACCUCUUAUGUUGUUGUCCCUCUUCUAGAUCAGUUCUCCUUUGAUUUGGGUAUGUUGCGGUUUGUUGAGAAGGAGGUUGGAGCGAAGUUCCAAGAGUGAAAUUACAGUGUGUUAGAGCGUGGGGGGAAAAUUAGUCUUAUUUUUCCCUACAUGGGAUACAACACUGUGAAAUUCAAUCUUCAACUGAAGGCCCUGCAGUUCUCCUAAAACAUAGUUCUUUGUUUCUUUCUUUAACAGAGUUUAAGCUAGUAUUAAAGAGAAAUUGCUUGUCUGUCCACUUCAGCUUUGUUUUAUGCCCAUUUCAUAUUGUUGUCUUUGUGUUGUAAUUCAUACUUUUGAUACCAUUUCUGAUGUGUAAAAUUGGUUGUCUUGUAAAUAUCUUAUAAAGAGUUCAAUUGUAAAUAAACUAUUGUGGCUGUUAAUUUUUGAA